AUCUUACUCAUUGUCGCCCUUUUCCCUGAACUCAAAUAUCGAGAACGGAGAUAUGGCUGGCUUGGUUGGUAGGCUGAGUGCACGACCAGAUCGUACACCAGUGUACACCCCAGAUGAAGCGGUUGGUCCUCUUAUAGCGAUGGAAAAGAUCUUGGACAGCCAAAUGCGUCCUAUGGCAUCUAACCGUCCGGUACCGAAGCAAGUUUUUGUGAAUCAAUAUCUUGUGAAAUGGAAAGGGUUCUCGUAUCUACACUGCUCUUGGGUGCCCGAGCAUGAGUUCGAGAAGGCUUACAAGUCCCUUCGUGAUUUAGAAACCAUGGUGAACCAAUUUCAUUCUACAAUGGAGUCACUCGGUAACAAAGUAUAUGAUUUUGUUGCCAUUCCUCCCGAGUGGACCACUGUUGACCGGAUUAUAUCCUUCCGGGAAGAAGAUGGUGAGAGGAAGUACCUGGUGAAGUUCAAAGGACUUUCUUAUGCUGAAUGUUAUUGGGAAUCUGAAUCAGACAUCUCAACCUUCCAGAACGAACUUAGAAGGUUCAUUGAUAUAAACUUUGGUAAUCGCAGAGGUAUAUAUGUUGACCAUGAGAGAAAUCAUGAAGGUUUCAAACAGAUAACUAGUCUUACUCCUGAAUUUAUCACAGGCUCAUUGCAGCCGUACCACCUUGAAGGACUUAACUUUUUGAGGUCUGCGUGGUCAAACCGAACUCAUGUAGUCCUCGCCGAUAACAUGUGGCUAGGCACAAGAAUUCAAAGCAUUGCCUUUUUAGCUUCGCUUUUUGCGGAAAACGUGGCUCCGUUUUUGGUAGUGGCUCCCAGUUCCACUCUGCGGAACUGGGAGAUAGGAUUCGCCACAUGGGCACCACAGAUGAAUGUGGUUGUGUACGGUGGUACUUCUCAAGCUCGUACUGUUAUUGUACAGCACGAGUUUUACUUAUCAAGGGGUCGUAUGAAUGGAGUCCGUGGAGAAACCAACAGAAUUAAGUUUGAUGUCAUCCUCACGUCUUAUGAGAUACUUGACGUAGACACAGCAGUCCUAAAACCAAUCAAGUGGAAAUGCACGAUUGUUGAUGACGGCCAUCGGUUGGAAAAUGAGAAUCCAAAGCUGUUCUAUUCGCUGAAGCAGUUUACGUGUGAGAAUCACGUUCUUUUAACAGGAAGACCACUUCGGGUGGUAAAUUCUGAGCAACAAGCUGAGCAGCUCAGUGCUCUUGGAAAGAGGAAGAGAAACCGUAAGCAGAUUGUUGAAAAAGAAUCUGAACCAACUGAUGGUGAAGCAGCUAGACAGGGAAACAAGAAGACUAGAAGGACUUAUCACCGUAGAAGGACUCACCUUUGUUCGGGGCCAAGACCUUUGAUAGAAGGCCAAGGGAAAUCUCUGAGGGUGUUAGGCUUUAGAAAGAGCCAAAGGAAGACUUUCUUAGAUACGUUGAUGAGGUAUGGAGUUGGAAACUAUGAUUGGAAGGAGUUUGUUUAUCCUUUAAUGUGGAAGACCUAUGAUGAAAUAAACAAUUAUGGAAAAUUUUUCCUGGAGCACAUCAUCAAAGACACUCAAGAUACUAAUCCUCCAACCUUUUCAGAUAUGGCCCCAAAGAUAGGACUAACUCGUGACAAAGUACUUGCCAGAAUUACUGUUAUGAUGCUACUACAAGAGAAGGUGAAACUUAUAGAAAACCAUCCAACUAAAGCUGUUUUCCCUGACCAUAUUAUCGGAAGAUUUGCUGCACUAAAAAAUGAAAAAAAUUGGAACAAGGAACAUGACAAGUUACUGUUGCGUGCUGUUUCUAAGCACGGGUUUGGGAAAUGGAUAGACAUUGUUAAAGACAAAGAGUUCGAGCUGGAACAACUCAUCUGCAAAGCACUGAAGGUCCCUGUUGAAAAUUUGAUUCGUACUGAUCCAGACCAGAAAGAUCCGCACAGACAACUUGCUGACUAUUUGAGAAAACGAUUUGAAAUUCUGGAGAAUGCAAUGAGUGAUGAGUGUGCUGAAACUUACUACCGUAAUGGGAUAAGAACUGAUGAACAUCCUUUACUGGAUAUUGCCAUUGCCGACAUAAGGAGGAGGGUAAGUGUCAUGUGAAGAUAUGGUGAUGUUGAGAAGGACUCAGAAGAGAGCUGCAGAAGAUGUUACUGUUAAUAUAAGUUGAGGU